AUGCCUGCCCCUACUGCUAUUCUUCAACCGGUGGAACCUACAGGAGUUCCAGUAGCUCAGUUUCCUGACCAGGAUGACGAGGUUCUAAUUGAUGCCCAGGCGGACCUAGAUGUGUCCAAGCCUGUGGAAAAUUCGCCCGAAGACAACGAAAUGCGCAUCGAUGAAGAGGGCCGCCCCGUCUUCACUCCCGCAAAGGAAACCAGCACCGCCUACCGGGUCGAAACUCGCAAGGUUCCCGUUCCACCUCACCGCAUGACACCCCUCAAAGCGAACUGGACCAAAAUCUGCCCUCCCAUUGUCGAGCACUUGAAGUUGCAGGUGCGCAUGAAUGUGAAAAGCCGCGCAGUCGAGUUGCGGACCUCCAAGUUCACGACCGACGUCGGUGCGCUGCAGAAGGGUGCAGACUUCGUCAAGGCGUUCACCCUCGGAUUUGAUAUUGACGAUGCGAUUGCUCUUCUACGACUGGAUGAUCUGUAUAUCGAGACCUUUGAGAUCAAGGAUGUGAAGACGCUGAAUGGAGAGCAUCUGGGUCGUGCCAUUGGCCGAAUUGCUGGCAAGGAUGGAAAGACCAAGUUUGCCAUUGAAAACGCCAGUCGGACCCGAGUUGUGCUGGCUGAUGCUAAAAUCCACAUUCUUGGUGGUUUCAAGAACAUUCACAUUGCACGAGAGGCCAUUGUUAGCCUGAUCCUGGGUAGCCCUCCGGGCAAGGUUUACGGUAACCUCCGAACGGUGGCUUCUCGCAUGAAGGAGCGUUUCUGA